AGACCGAGCAUCAAGUAUCCAGUGAACGAGGACUGCUGCUACACAUCAAGACAGCCAGCUGUCAGACAAGGUGGCAACCACUCACCUGACGUCAUGAAGAGCUUGACACCUGCGUUCAUAUGACAAAUUUCUCCGUCAGGCAUAGUCUGCCUGCUAAUACCCAUAAGCAGCAAAAUUAACAGGUACCUUCCCAACAUGACAAAGUUUGACGGCUAACAAGGAAGAAGUUUCGCUGCCUGCUACCAUUUACCCUACAACUGCAAUCUACUACACAAGGCAAGCAACUGCAUCCUUAUUUCAGGUUCUUGACGAGAGGUGUGCAUCCUUCAGUGUCCUGCAGUCAUGGCUGUCCCACACUGGUCCUCACAGAAGCGACUACCUGAGCUGCGGCGUGAGCGUCGCUUCCACAGCAUGAUGGCGCUGCUGAUGGAGUCGGUGAGGAGACAAACCUUCGCUAAUUGGACCGUGGCUUUCAUAGACCCUGAACAAUUGGCUAGGGCUGGUUUCUUUUACCUGCAGACCCAAGACCACGUGCAGUGCGUCUUCUGUCAGGGUAUCGUGGGUUACUGGGACCCCGGUGAUCAUCCGGACUUGGAACAUCGGAAGCAUUUCCCCAAUUGUCCCUUCGUCACGGGUGUAGCUACAGGUAACGUCCCGAUAUCUUACCCUGCUGACGAUACCGGGAGGGUGUACCGUUUGCUGGACGAGUACCUCGCCUUCAGGGUGACCAGUACUAGGCCUAAUGCCAAGACUUCUGCCAAUAAGUACCAAGAUGACGCACAAGCGGAGAACGGACAGCUGGCUCAUCCACAGUUCAACACUGAAGCAGCCCGUAAACAAACUUUCUCCCGUUGGCCAGUCAAAGUGGGAAUCAACAUCGAUCUCCUGGUGUCCGCUGGCUUCUUCUACACGGGGAUUUCUGACUGGGUUCAGUGUUUCCACUGCGGCGGAGGACUCUUCUGCUGGCGCCAGGGUGACGAUCCUGCCACCGACCACGCCCGCUACUACCCCUGCUGCCCCUUCAUCAGGAUACAGAAGGGAGAGGACACCAGCUCCAGGCCCUGGGAUGACAAUAUUCCUCCGUCAGCGGUGAUCAGACCCAUCGCUCUCUCUGAUGAAGAAGCAGACCUCCUCCUCGCCCAUCCAAUAGCUAAGCGCCUGGUAACGAUGGGGUUGGCUGCGGUGUUGGUGAGGAACGCUCUACGCAAGCAGGUGGAACGGCAUGGAACUCUCUUUCGCACCGUGGCAGACGCCCUGGAGCGCGUCUUCGACUACGAGGAGACCCAGAGGCGUCAGGGACUCAAGUUCGACUCGGUUACUGUGAACGAAGGAAGUUCAUCGUUGGAGCCGAAGAACCCGACCAAGGCGGGGAAGGAGUCUGCUGCUACCCUGGCCGCAGCCAAGUGCCGAGCUCUGCAGCAGGAGGUGUUGGAGCUGAGACGACGAGUGAAGCAGGAAGAAGGUCGUCUUGUGUGUCGUGAGUGUAAGAAGAACCGUGUUGCUGUGCUGCUGCAACCCUGCUCUCACCUACACCUGUGUGCCCCGUGUGCCAGACCUCGUGACACCUGCCCCACAUGCUCCACUGUCAUCCGCGGCACCUUCAGACCCAUCAUUGGUUGAAGGCGCUUACUCCCUGGGGUACCAAGCACCAAGGACGUCUCAGCCUGGGACUGUAUCCUUUGUGAGGCUUCCAGGACACCUCACCUUGGGGAUGCAUCCACCCUGAUGCAUCCUCGUGCUGCCCGAGAAUCGAACUCGGGUAGCAAUCGAUUGAGAGACGAACGCAUCACCACAGACCGAUAAACAUUACGGGAUGGUUGAGGACUCUGAAAAGUCUUCAGCUUGAAACCUGGUGCUUUGAAAAAUUAAAAUAGAAUCUCUCAGGAUUUAAAAUUAUAAGAAAAAUGAUGAUAAAUAAUAAUAAUAAUAAUAAUAAUAAUAAUAAUAAUAAUAAUAAUAAUAAUAAUAAUAAUAUUGUGCAAAACCCGUAGAGGUCGUACCGACCUUCACCACUUUACACAAUUCAGAGACUUCUUAUAAUAAUCAGACAUUUCAUGAAAAUCAAAUGCUCACAAAAUAAUUUUUCUCACAAAAAUCAGUUUCUCACAAAAAUAAUUUUUCUCACGAAAAUUAAUUUCUCACAAAAAAAUAAUUUUCUAACAAAAAUCAGUUCCUCAUACUGAUUUACGUGAGAAACUGAUUUUUGUGAAAAUUUUGAGAAACUGAUUUGUAUGAGAAACUGCUUUUUGUGAGACAUUUUUCUCACAAAAUGUCUCACAAAAAGCAGUUUCUCACAAAACUCAGUUUCUCAAAACUCUCACAAAAAUCAGUUUCUCAUGUAAUUCAGAUUCUCACGGAAAUCAUCUGUGCCGCACAAAACAUUUAUUUAAAUUUAAGGUAAAAAAAAAAAACACUCACCAUCAUCCGUGCAAUAGCUGCCUUGCCAGAAGUGUGCGCACAACACAAUUCAAUUGACCCUCUGAUCUGCAGCAUCCCCUACCCCUCCUUCAUAGGUAGUAGGUUGGUAGACAGCAGCCACCCAGGGAGGUACUACCGUCCUGCCAUACGAGUGUGACACAGAUACAGGUUAGAUGUUCUACGUUCUGGCAGGAUUGCUGGUCUUUUCUUUCUGUCUCAUAAACACGUAAGAUGAACGGUAAAUCUUGCAACUACUACUACUACAUGCAUACAACAUGCACUACAUAAAUGACAGUGUGCAAGUGUGUACUCACCUAGUUGAGGUUGCAGGCCCUGGCCCUGUGUGUGUGUGUGUGUGUGUGUGUGUGUGUGUGUGUGUGUGUGUGUGUGUGUGUGUGUGCGUGUGUGUGUGUGUGUGUGUGUGUGUGUGUGUGUGUGUGUGUGUGUGUGUGUGCGUGAGUGUGUGUGUGUGUUAGUAAUUCAAGUGUGUCAUUUACUGAAUAGUUUAUAUAGGCGUCAGAAUUGCUAAGUGUGAGAGUGUGAGUGCUGAAGGACGCAGCUGCCCUCUACAUUACAUCAUACAGUUAAAGCUGAGUAUUUAAUACUAUUCAUUGUUAUAAAAUAUCAAGGAGUUUGUUCAAUCACUUUAACGUUCACCUAGUUUGUUGAAAGUGGGUUCACAAAUGUUUACCCACAAUGCAUCGCUCUACAAUGAAUAGCAUUAUAUUGGUAAAUGUUUUGCUGCGACGUUAUAUUAAGAUCACUUCCAGAGGAGAUAAAAUGAAGAUAACUUCCAGAGGAGAUAAGAUGGAGAUAAUUUCUCAUUUCUGGUAACGUCUUCACUAUUUAGUUUCCUCAUAUAUUUUCCUUAAAAAAUGUUAUGUUGUAGCAAUUACUGCUUCCUCGUAUAUCCCAGUCCAAACUUUGUACCAUUUUGUGAAAAAAAAAAAUUACUCUCCAUUGUCCCUUGCAAAAAUUAAGCUCAUUUGUACAUUGGACAGAAUAUACAAACAUUUAAAUAAUGCACAUGGCCAACCAAAAAUGCAGUUCUUGUAGCUUAUUCUAUUGCCAUUCGAUUGAAAAUGAUCACCUUAUUUGCUGGUACACUUAGAAAUUAGCUUAACAUCUUUGUUACGUACCCCAUACCCAUCCUGUGGCACUUAGAAGAAAGAUUUUAUUGAUGUCAUAUAUGAGAGGGGGUAAUUGUUGAUUAGAGUUUAUAAAAUGGGAAUAAUUAUAUGAUAGUGAAUAAUAUAUUGUACAAUCUUGGUAAUCCUUUAGUACAAUAAUGUAUGUAAUUAAGUGACGUUAAGAAAGGCACUUGUCUUGUAUUAGGAAAUAACCGACGCUGGCAACAAUGUAGCAUACGAGAUCGGGCACAUUUUAAUUUCGUCCACCUUCCCACUCUUUAAAAAUCUAUAAAAAUUUGUUAGUGCUGAAUUGUUACCUAGAAAAUGUACUGAACUGUACGUUAAACUGAUGUUUAUACAUGCAUCCCUGAUAACAAUUACUCCUAAAAACGUGUGCUGGAGGUAAACUUUACAACAAUAGUGCCAAAACAAAAUGAAAUAAGUUUGAUAUAUUAAAUUUUGUUAUUUUAAAUGUGAUUUCCAAUUGAAUGCUAAUUAUAAAAAAAAGCCUACACACAACAAUCCCACUAAACUUAAAAUGAACACUGGACGACGUUUCGGUCAAUACUGAGUGAUUAUCAAUAGUUAGGAGAGAGCAGUCAUGAGGUCAGAAAGAACAUACAACAACAAGGAGAAGUAGAACAGUUUUCAAAUUUUCUAACUAAAGGUUAUUAAGUGCAGGAGAUAAGAGCGAGUCCAUACCAACACAAGAACAGGGGGAUAGUACUUACCAAGGACAUUAACCGAAUUACUAUUGUCAGUCAUUAAGAUAAAAAUGACUAUCGUAGCUUUCAGAAAGAGUAUUAUAUACUGAUAGGAAAGAGGAAAACGGUGAUUCCAUUUAGGAAUCACCGUUAUAAGAGGAAGGAAUUAGAGCAGCACGAAUGGGAGAUGUGUCAUGAAUACUAUGAGAAAGGAAUUGGCGAAAGAAAUCAAAGGAGCUGAUAAGGUCAAUGUCAGUACGAAGAGUGAGUGAAGUAGCAGAGGAAAGACCAGAAUCAAGAAGUUCAAGUUGAUAUUGGCGAAGGACAGAAGAAAGAUUAGUUUCGCGCUUAGUGAGGAAGAAUUUGGACCAAAAGUUGUUCGAGAUAAGACGUUGGAGUUUGUUCUGUAAGGUUGUAGAAUGUGGGUACGAAGUAAGGUGAGCAGUGUCGAGGACACCAGAGGAGGGACGGUAACUUCAUCCAGUGUUCAUUUCCAGUUUGUGGGUUACUUGUGAAUUAUUCCAGCCUGAGUAAUGUGACUUUUUGUUAUGUAGAUCACACAGGCAAGUGCCAUAUUAUUAUUAAUAUGUUUAUGUUUUCCCUUUCAAAUCCUGCUUUUUGCCCCUUCGAAGGCGCACGUAGGGCGUCUAGACAUCAUAAGAACCAGCUGCCUGAUAAGCAGCAGAUAUAUAAAGACGAUGUAAUCAGUCUAUCACCCUCGAAGACAUAGUUUUGAGGUGGUCAGUCAGUCCCUCAGCCUGAAGGAGAGUAUUGUAUACCAUUAUCAUAUUCACAACUUGCUACCUGUUCAGAACUCCCUCACUGAACUUGAUUUUCUUAACUGUCUUAUCUCCUUAAAUUUACUUCCUUGGGUCCUUUCUUUCUUAAACAAUUCUACCACUUGCUCUAACAUCUCAUUCUUUACAUUAAUUACUUAGUACAAGAUGCUUUUCUUUUCUUCCGUCACCGUGAACGUGUUCUCUCUACUUUUCUCCCUACUGAUCUUUGCAACUUUCUUACACCUAUUUUCUCGACACUGCUCACCUUACUGCGUACCUACAUUCUACAACCUUACAGAAUAAACUUCAACGUCUUAUCUCGAACAAUCUUUUGGUCCAAAUUCUUCCUCACGGACUGCGUUACUAAUCUUUCUUCUGUCCUUUGCCAAUAUCAACUUGAACUUCUUGAUUCUGGUCUUUCCUCUGCUACUUCACUCACUCUUCGUACUGAUAUUGACCUUAUCAGCUCCUUUGAUUUCUUUCGCCAAUUCCUUUCUCAUAGUAUUCACGACACAUCUCCCAUUCGUGCUGCUCUAAUUCCUUCCUCUUAUAGCGCUUUUUAUUUUUUUUUAGGAAUCAUCACCUUCCUCGUCACUAUGAGCACCGCUUCAGAGGUGCUACCGCGCCCCUACCCCCGCUACGGCCCCCGCCGCGCCACAUCCCCCCCGCUUUCCCCGCAUCCCUCCACGCCUCGCCGCCCCCCUCUCAGCGGGGACGGGGGGCUUCAAACAUUCUGACCUCUGCUCUUGGGACUUUGAUCUUGUGAAGCAUUUCCUUGUCAUUUGUCUCCCUCUGGCCUGUUUUUAUGAUCUUCCUAAAAGUCAUGAACCUGGUGUUUCUUCAUACUCCUUAAUAUCCUCUAAAUACUUUCUCAUCCUCUUGCCUCCUGGCUUGAUAAAACUUUCACCUAUUAGAUUUUUUCUCUUACACGCCUUGGUCACUCUCAGUAUUUCUUUGAACGACUGCAUCCAGAGGCCGCCUGUAAGAUGGUAAAUCCAGUGUUUCUCAUUUCUUAAGAGGCUUGGCCACUGAGGGUUAACCUCAUCUUUGUGCUCCUACUGAUGUGAUGUCUUUCUUGAUCUUGCUCCUGUGUAGAUUCUAACUCAUUUUCUUUCAAAAAUAACCAGUAUUCUCAAACAUUUAGUGCUACUUUAGUCUCUCUCUCUCUCUCUCUCUCUCUCUCUCUCUCUCUCUCUCUCUCUCUCUCUCUCUCUCUCUCUCUCUCUCUCCUAUGCUUACUAACCUUUAUGUGGAAUAUUUUUAACCUUUUAUUGUUGUUUCUAACAAAUUUGCUCCGUUCUAUCAAUUUAAAGUUCAAUGAGAGUCUGACUCACUACUUUCUUUCCUUGAUGAUCAUAUUUACGACUCGUGAUUGGCUUUUCUUUUUAGUCUAUAUCAAGUCUAUACACAGUGACAUGGACAUUCACCACCUUUUCUAGUACGCACAAUAUUUUAAGAAAAGUGUUUUGUUUAUCUCUUCCUUAGUGUCUUUCGCAUCUGUGAUCUCCAGUAACAUUUCUCUGAGAUUUCAAAUACUCAGCAGAUCAUUCUCUUCUCUUGGGUACCUUCCUAAUUUCAUGAAUUCUCCCUACUCUCUCUUCAGUGAAGACAUCAAUACUUUACCUUCGAUAUAUUUCUAAUUCUCUCCUUUCUUCCUCUCUAUUUUAAGCUCGCUUUCCUUGCAACGAAUGCACCUCGAAGCACUAUGGUUCAUACUUCUUUCUUCCUCCUUCCAUUGAUUCUCCAAAUGUUCACUUAUUUCUUCUUCUCUACUAACGAGAACACGCUUCACUUGACCUGACCUUGUUAAUCUCCUUACCUCCUAUUGUCCUGACCUGACUUCAGACAUUCUCCACUUUUCUUUCUAACUCGGAAUUUGUUUAUGUAUAUGAAUGGUAUAUAAUACCGACUUGUUUAUGGUUCAGUACGACCCUAUAGAUAGUCCAAGUUUCACUUCCAUUUUCGAGUUGCUGCAGCCAAGGUUUCGUGACUGUUUUCCUGCCAUUGAUACUAGUUUUACGUACAUUGUCUGUGCAUAUGUUUUCGUAAACAUGAUAUGGAUCAUAUCUGGUAAUGUAGCCAUAACAUCUACGAUUAUCCAUAAAGUAACUAUUAAUGAAAUGUAUCUUUGUUUCCAUUUGUUCCCCAUCUAAGUUCCGAUUAUUUGAAACACGAUCAAGAAAUAUAUAUACAUAUGUGUAAGUAUUUCUUGUAUGUAUAACGUAUAAAUUAAUCAUCUGCUAUUUUUAUAUGACUUAACAAUUAUUUAUAUCAAAUACGUUAUGCAGAUUAUAAACCCCAGUGACAAUAUUUUCAAUAUUCUCACCUCCCAGCUGUAAACACACAUUGUAUUGGAUAAAUAUAUAGUAAGUUAUAAUUUUUAGAAAAAUUAAUGAUGACCUUCUCAUAAAUUCUAUAUCUCCUGUGUGUGGUAAGUCGACAUGUGAGAUGACAUUGCCUGUGUACCAAGCUUCUGAAGCUUAUGUAGUUGCCAUGGCAGAGUGAUUGAUGAUUUGUUUAUUGUUCUACUGAAGUUUCCCACCUCAGGCUGACAGAGUUCAUGAUCUCAUGUAUGUAACCAAACCUGUGAUGGAAUAAAUAUAAGGGAUAUAUAGCUAGCUGUCGAUCCUACAUCAUAAUUCUUGUACAGAGUAGGGUAGCUGCACACUGUGAUUGUAUAUAAAAAAUUACCAUUAGACAUCUAGUCCUACUUCUCUCUACACACCUCUCUCUCUCUCUCUCUCUCUCUCUCUCUCUCUCUCUCUCUCUCUCUCUCUCUCUCUCUCUCUCUCUCUCUCUCUCUCUCUCUCUCUCUCUCUCUCUAAGUGUUGUUUGAUAAUGGUUUGAAAUAAAAGCUACAGCUUAAAACUUCUUGCUGUACAAUCAAGACUUAAUCAACCAUUCUCUCACUUCUCCGGAUUCCACAUUUCUGGCCUCAACUCCACAAAGACUUGACCUCAUCAACUCAGAAUCCUUGUACAUAGUGAUAAUAAAUCCUGAGCUAAACAAUUCUAUUACGUCUAAACAGCCAUUCACAUAUAAAUUUAAAUUUUAUACGUGAGUUUUAAUAUUGUAUAAGUCAGGUUAGCUGUUUGCUUUACUGUUCUUUUAGUGUGUCAACUGAGCUAUAACUUAGUUUAUAGAGAUAUGUAUCAACAGAACAGUUACUUUUGAUAUAACCAGCUAUUCUGCCUGGUAAAAUGUUCAAUAUAUUUAUUAUGUCGGAGGUUCGAGACUCUGAAACAUCUAGAAACUGAAAAUAAAUGAUGCUUUCUUCUA